ACCUACUUUGAUGUCGUGUCAGGGCAGAAUUUUCUCUCAAUAUUUUUUUCUUUUGUUUCAAACAAGGCACCAACCCCUCCCCCAGAAAUUGAGGAGGACACAACAACAGUAACAGGUGAAGACAGGGGGGUGCCGACUAUCCGCCAGCCUUCCCCUGCUGCCUUAGCAGUCAUUCAAGAAUACUUGGAUCGCAAGAGGAUGCGUCUCUUAGAUCUGUUCUCUCAAGCAGACAAGGACAAAAACUGGGUGGUAUCACGGCAAGAGUUCAGAAACAUCAUUCGAUCAUGGCGAAUUCCACUGAAGGAGGUUGAUCUGGAGGAUUUGAUUCUUGCCCUUGACAGAGAUAACAGUGAUGCCUUGGAUUACAGGGAGCUGGCUGUGGGGAGACAGUCAUACUUAGAGGAGAGGGUCACCAAACAAGCGGCUGAGAUUGUCCAUACUCCCAGUGUUAAAGCUGCAAAAAGACCGGAAACCAUUCCAGAGGAGCCAGAACCUGUUUCUGAUCCAUUACAGGACAAGUGGCCCAGUACUGGGGCACAGAGGCCUGCAUCCCCUCAGAGACCCUCCUCACCACAGGCCACCACCCAAAGGAGGCCCUCAACAUCACCUCAACGUCCUUAUUCUCCUUCUUCAGCCCAGGCUCAGCCUGUGACCUUUGUUGGGCAGCGACCAGGCUCUGAGCCCCAACAGCAACAUCCUCGUCCUGCAUCACCAGUUAGCAAUGGUAGUAGCGAGAGCAAUAUGUCACCAACCCUGCUGGAAAUACCUGCUGUUCAGUUGUCGGAGAAAGUUGAGCAACUGACGCAAGAUGAGAUAAAAAACAGACGUAUGAAGAAACAGCAAAAACGUAAAGAGAAAGAAAAAGCCAAGCAGAGGAAGCGAGCAGCACCCGAAAAAGUGUCAGUGGCACCUUCCACUCUGGGGGGUAGGAUAGGGGAAAUGGUGGAUCGUUACCGAAAGAUGACGGUGAAAGAAUACAACGAUGUUGUGGAGCUGUGUCACAUGCAUGGAGUGCAGUUAAGCAAGGGCGUUUUGGGACGAGUUCUUCUUCAACCAGAAGAUAAACCACUAUCACAAAUGAAACUGACCUCGAGAAAUCCUGGACUCUUUGCUAUUUCCACCAGGCAUCACAUACCAGCCAGUAAACCCCAGUCUACCACGACCGCCAGCAACCCACGGCGACCAAAGUUUAGAUACCCGGGUCCUACCACGUGACAUCUGAACAAGACUCUCGGAAAGAGAGUGCAACAUGUAAAGUGUUUAAAUUUUAUAUAAAAAAGUGUAAAAUAAAGAAGAAUAAAAUGUAAAUGGUAGAUUCAUACGCCUCGCAGUUAUUUAGAUAUUUUUGCAUUUUUUGGCAUAAAAAAUGCAAUUGAAGCCAAUCAAUAAAUUAAAGUGGAAAUAAAAAGCCAUUUUUAAGUUUCUUUGGGUGCCAACUGACCACAAGAACUGCACGUUCUUCGUUUUUAAACAAUUUUUGUGAUUUUCUAGAGCAGCAUUGGAGAAUUGAUGCUUUGUUUU